UCGCGGGAGCCGAUGAGGAGAGCCGCUUCUCGCGCGGGACGCGGGGCCCAAGGGCCCCCGAAAGAUAGGAACAAAGUCAGGAGCCCGGAGCUCGGGGCUGGGUCCCACGACCCGCCGAGGGGCAUGUCUGACUUGUCAUUUGAGGAGCUGUUGGAAUUGCAGAACCAAGUGGGAACCAAGGCAUACAAACAAUUGGUAGCUGGAAAGAGCACUGAAAAGCAAGGUUCUAGGCAGUCUUCAUGUGUUGCAGAUAAGCACAAGCCUCUGGAAAUGUCAGCCAAGGUCCGAGUGCCAUACUUACGUCAGGUUGUUCCUGUCAGUAAGAAGGUGGCCCGGGACCCCCGCUUUGAUGAUCUGUCAGGGGAAUAUAAUACUGAGGUAUUCGACAAAACAUAUCAAUUCUUGGAUGAAAUCCGAGCCAAGGAGAAACAGCUGGUGAAAAAGCAAUUGAAGAAGCACCGUUCAGGGGAGCAGCAUGAGAAACUGCAGCAGCUGCUUCAGCGAAUGGAGCAGCAAGAAAUGGUACAGCAGGAACGCAAGAGGCAACAGGCAUUGCACCUAGCCCAGAAGCAGGAGCGGCGUGCUCUGGCCCAGCAGGGCCAUCGGCCCUACUUCAUGAAGAAAUCUGAACAGCGUCAACUGGCCCUGGCUGAGAAGUUCAAGGAGCUGAAACGCAGCAAGAAGUUGGAGAAUUUCUUAAGUCGAAAGAGACGUCGAAACGCAGGCAAGGACAAGAGACAUCUCCCCUUGAGCAAAGAGUAAUAAGAAACUGUCUUCUGUCUGCACUGUCUGAGAAAGACAUGGAUCUAUGGUGACCAGGCUACCUGUUCUUGUUUUUUCCUGUUUAAAAGCUCUUGAAUUAAGAGAGAGCUCUUGGACAACUCUUUGGGCUGGAAAAAUAAGGGGAACAGCCUUCUGCCAGGCUAUGCUGCCAGUUUGGGUGGUUCAUCAUGUCCUCGUGUCUGACUAUUCUCGCCUCAAGUCAGUGAUGCUGGUACAAAAGGAACCAUGGCAUUUGCUCGUGGUCCCAGGGCUGGGACUGUAGGAACCAUUUCAUAAAGUCAUGUUACAUGUC